CUUCAUCUCCAUUUUCCAUAUCAAACACUUUCAAACAUCUGUUAACAAUUGCAUUUACAGUUUAGUACAGCUUGGUAGCUUUAUAUUAAACACGAGGAAAAAUGAAGCAACAAACUCUCUUCUCAUUUUCACUUGUUCUUCUAUGCUUCUAUUGCACCAAAACCUUAGCUCAAUCCCCAGCUGCAGCUCCAGCCCCAGCUACAAAACCACCAGCUACAAAACCACCAGCUAAAGCAAAACCCUCACCUCCGCCACCAACACCGCCUGCAGCGACUGCACCAGCACCGGCUUUAGUCCCAGUACAACCCUCAAAAGGCCCUCUCAAUGUUGUCAAAGUUUUACAAAAAGCCGGUCACUUUACAUUCUUUGUUCGUCUUAUAAAAACAACCCAAGAAGAUAUUCAGUUGUUCUCUCAGCUAAACGCAUCGACUGAUGGCGUGACUAUUUUCGCCCCCUAUGAUGCCGCUUUUUCAAGCAUUAUAAAAUCAGGCACUCUUAAUUCUCUAUCUGAUCAAGAAAAGAGAGAGUUGGUGCAGUUUCAUAUUAUUCCAAGAUUUUUAUCAACUUCACAGUUCCAAACUGUGAGUAACCCUUUAAAAUCCCUAGCAGGAGCAAGCAGUAGACUCGCUCUCAAUGUGACAACUAGUGACAAUUUAGUAAACGUAAGUACAGGACUUACAAAAACAUAUGUGUCAGCAAUUGUUUAUACAGAUGGGAAAGUUGCGAUUUAUCAAGUUGAUAAAGUUUUGCUUCCUAUCGACCUUUUUGCACCUAAGCCUCCUGCUCCGGCUCCGGCACCAACAAAGGCUACGAAAGAAGAUAGUACAGCUGCAGAAAGUCCUGUGGUUCCUAAGGAUAAUACUUCUGGUGCAAUGAAAUUUAUUGUGCAUGAUAGUUUGGUGAUUUUAGGAGUAAUUGGCAUGGCGAGUGCAAUAUUUUUGUGACGAAAAUAAAAGAAUUCGGAUGAGCAUUUUGAGUUCUUCAAUGGUGUAUGAUUUUUCUGAGUUGGGAUGAAAGGUGGUGGUGGUGAUCGACAGGGUGAGUGUGCUUUGAAUAAUUGCCAUUAUUUCUUCCAUGUUCCUUCUCAAUCACAAUUGUUUCUUUCUUUCUUUUUUUUUUUAUUUCAUUUUUUUUUUUUGUUUUUUAAAGUUUGUGAAUAAUUUUGAGGGGUUUUUCCUUCUUCUGUUGUUUAUUAUUUUUUGUUUCAUUUUGCCUUUGAGGGCUUUAAUGUAUUUUGUGAAAUGUGUAAUAUAAAAUCGAAAAUUUUGUGUUUUUCAUGUA